AUGUUCUCACCUCAGCGCUACUAUCCUGAACAACUCUUUGAGCCGUUGGCCUCUUCGGACUGCGAUGUUGACCGCAUCUUGCACGAUUUCCACGAGAUUCUCUUCGCUAAGCCCUCGGCUGCGCUUGACGCUAUACGAGCGGUGGUGCUCAUUGAACGUCCCCCAGUUGCACGACUAGUUCUGUCCCGCGUUGACAAAGCGUGGAUCGUGAACGCAGUCGAUUUUCCAGUGACUCCAGAUGCCUUUGCAGAAUCGUGUCCCCGGCUCAUCCUAUCCACCCUUGCGACCUACUUCCAGUUCACACCAAGUGCAGUGUUGGACCUCCCUGACGGAGAGUGGGUUGUCGGCGAGCGGCGUGACCAAUUACGCUUAGAGUACAGACAGCUGGUUCAAGAUGCUCCGGCGCUGCUCAUGGCAUUAAAGAACAAGAUGUCGUCGAUUUCGCUCAGGAACUCGGAAGAAGAAUCAUUUGGCACCAUGCCAAUCAGGCAGAGUCAAAAGCAGAUGAAGAGGGCUAGGCAGGCGGCGGCAAAGGCAAGCGUGGUCAUUGACCUUUCGCCACUCGAUCGACUUGGAGUUGCUUCACCCUCGACGACGGAAGAGGUCUAUGUGGCUAUUAGGGCGGUUUUGGACUGCCAAAAGAAUAUCUUGAAUACUUACUUGACCGCACUUCAGAGUCCGGAACUGUCUCAAUCAUUGGUCGCUGCUUGCUUGCUCGAUCGACCAGUUGAUGUAGUCCCAUCACUGACACAAAACAUGGAGCCAGUCGUGGUAGUGGAAGAAAUCGUGGUCGAUGUCAAGCCAUUGGAGGAGUCGUAUCCCGUUGCUCAGCCCAUGAAGCUGACCACUUUCUACAACAACAACGCUAAAGGCCUCGGAGAGUGGACUAUGAACCUCUCUCCCCGAGCAGAACGCGACCUUCGUGACCACAGAAGACGCGACCAUAAAAUAUUUAAAAUCAUUCUCAAGAAGAUCAAAGAACUUUCAAACGGGCACUUUUCUCCGGACAACCAGAAGCGUCUCAACCACAAACAAGUUGACGUACCUGUUUACGAGGCAAAGAUGACUGGUGACUUGAGGCUUGUGUAUCAAAUCGACUGCAUCCCGGCUUAUGAAUCCUCGAGUGAAAGGCAGGCUAUCAAAAUCUUCGGCAUAUAUACCCACGCUCAAAUUGGCCGUGUAACCUUCUGGGACACGAUGGGACGUGAACUAGCCAAGAAGGGAAGGGAAUAUCGGGAGCGAUGCGCUUUUCGACAGCGACCUUUCCACGCUGGAGACCACGUCUUUGCCCCGGGGAUAUUUCCUGCUCCAGAAGAAGCUCGGACCGUGUCCACAGGCUGUGCUCCUGACCUUCCUCCCGACGAUUUGGAGCAGGUAUUGCCCAUCAAUUUCUAUUUGUACUUAAUUCACCUUGUCCAUUGUAUAGAUACAAGCACUCCUAUUGCGAGUUUAUCGCUUGGCGAACGGCCUAUCAUUGACAAUUUUUUUCAUAGGAAAUCUGUCCACUUCUCUCAGCCACUUCUUGACUCAAUUCUCAAGAACCGUGACGCGGCUUUUAUCCUUCAAGUAUCACCAACGGAGCAGGAUAUCAUUGAACAUCCCCACUCCUGUUACGUUCUCGGGCGCAGUGGGACUGGUAAAACGACAACGAUGCUUUACAAGAUGGUGCUUGUCGAGGCAAAUUAUGAGAGAUCCAACGAAGAGCUCAAUACCCUAGACGAGCCUGCUCCGACAUCUAAACCACGACAACUGUUUGUUACCCAAUCUCGCAUCCUUGCGGAAAAGGUGGAGGAACAUUACAGGAAGUUGUCUGUGGGGUAUCAGGUUCUGCCGUCUUCCAAAGGCAGCGAUAGCGGCAAUCAUAUCGGAGACCUCAUGGAUGCCGAUGACGAUCCCAGUUGGCGCAACGAUUUGCCUGAUCGUUUCAGUGAAUUGAAGGACGAACAUUUCCCGCUAUUCUUGACCUAUGAAAAGCUUUCCUCGAUGGUCGAGAAUGACAUGGACAAUAAACCUGAUUCCGCCGUCUCAGUCGCAUCUCCGCUGGGAAAUCGGCUCACCUUCGACCGAUUUUUGCAGCGUUACUGGCCUCAUUUUACUCAAUCUUUGACCAAGGGAAUCGACCCGGCGAUGGUCUACAGUGAAUUUUUAGGUGUCAUUAUGGGCUCGGAGGAAACGCUGUCAGGUGAAUCAAUGGCUUUAACACGCGAAGCAUACCUUGCCUUGAGCGAACGUGCUCAAUCAACUUUCGCCGAUCAACGAGAGCUAAUUUACACUCUCUUCGAAUCCUAUCGCACCUUGAAAAAGUCCACCGGCGACCUCGAUGCAGCGGAUCGCACUCAUACCAUCCUUCGAUACCUUGAUAAAUGUGGUGUUCCGGGAAAGAAGAUUGACUACCUAUACGUGGACGAGAGUCAAGACAAUCUCCUCAUCGACACACUCUUUUUGCGCUCUAUCUGUCAUAACCCAAACGGGUUAUUCUGGGCUGGAGAUACUGCUCAGACGAUCUCGGUCGGCAGUUCCUUCCGUUUCAACGAGCUGAAAGCCUUCCUCUUUCGCAUUGAGAAACGACGCCGGAAGACACAAAAUAAGCUGGAACAAUUCAACCAGCCGGAGCUCCAACCGCGUACAUUCCAGCUUACUGUCAACUAUCGGUCGCACGCAGGGAUCGUCAAUUGUGCACAUAGCGUCAUCGAAAUCAUGACCAUGUUUUGGCCAUAUGCUAUCGAUAUUCUUGAUAGAGAGCGUGGUACUGUUGAUGGUCUUCGACCUGUCUUUUUCACAGGCUUUGACUCAUCCAAUGUCGAGUAUGAGCAGUUCUUAUUUGGUGAUAAAGAGGGGAGCUACAUCGAGUUUGGGGCCCAACAAUGCAUUCUAGUGCGAGACGAAGCCGCGAGGGAAAGACUCCGGGAGCAGGUUGGCGAUAUCGGGCUUAUUAUGACACUCUACGAAAGCAAGGGCUUGGAGUUUAAUGAUGUCCUUCUUUACAACUUCUUUGAGGAUUCUACUGUCGGAGAAGCCCAAUGGCGAGUGGUCCUCAACGCCAUUGACGAGGAACAACGUGCCGAGGCUGCCCCAACCUUCGAUCAAGCCAAGCAUGCUGGUGUUUGCGUAGAGCUCAAAUUCCUCUACGUUGCGAUCACGCGAGCGCGCAAUAAUGUUUGGAUUGCCGAUACCUCAGACAAAGGCGAGCCGAUGCGGACCGUAUGGUCAAGUCGAGAUCAAGUACAGACCCUCCAGCCUGGCCAAGACACUCCUAGAUUGGCCAUGUCUUCAACGCCGGAGGAGUGGGAAGACCAAGGAAGAAAACUAUUUGCCAACAAACGGUAUCGCCAAUCAAAACAUUGCUUCGAACGCGCACAAAUGCCUCGUCUUGCGGCAAUGGCUGGAGCAUAUUAUGCACGACAGGAAGCCAGAAAGCUUCCCGACGGUCCUAAUCGUCGUGCUUUAGAGGCCCGCAAGGCGGAAUUUCGUCGCGUUGCCGACGCAUUUAUGGAUUGUGCACGGGAAGAUGGGAACGUUGGUUAUUUUCGGAUUGCCGCUCAAUGCUUGGAGGAGGCGGGUGAUGAAUUGGCCGCCGCACAAGUUUAUCGUCAAGCCAAGGAUUUCACCAGAUCAACUGAGCUAUAUCGCAAACUCGGAAACUUCGACGAAGCUGUCUACAACAUCAAAAACUACAAGAGCGACAUCAAGUCUGAAGUGCUCACCAGCGUUACCAACGUCGCGAGGUUGUACUAUUUCAAAGAGCAAAAGCCAGAAAAGGCUCAAGACCUUUUCGAGUCUUUUGAAGAGCAACUAGAGUACCUCGAAGAUCGUGGUUUGGACGUUGCCCGAGCCACCUUACUCGAAUCUUUGGGUCGAUACUCGGACGCAGCGGAAGUUCAUCUCGAGGAGGGCAGGUCUUUUGAAGCCAUUAAGCUUUUCCUCCGCGAUCGCACAAAUCCGACGUCUACUCGUCGAGGCAUUGAAUGUGUUCUUCUAGCCUUGUGGAAACUCACAUCGUUCAACGUCAUUCCUUCGGAGGACAACCAUGAGAUGGAAACUUUGCUUGGCUUCGCAUCCCAAGCAGACAUUGCUCAAUUGUCUGAAAGGCACCGCAAUGAACUGUCUAUGUUCAAGGCACUCCAUCAGCGCAAGAUUGAUUUGAAUGCACUUGCAUCCCUUUCGGAAUAUUUCGACUCCAACGAUCCAGCCGCCGCCCUUCUUUGCGUUGGUCACUACUUCAAGCGUAUUCCCCGAAUGCAGGUGCUUGAUGUGGAAUCCAUCGCCCAACAGCUCAAAUUAUUCUAUCGAUACGUCAAGCUGCUGAAUGCGUUCGUCUGGGUGGAUCCGUGCUCUCAAUCCUUGGCAGUGAGGCUUUUUGGAUUAAUUCGUCUCGGCGACAACGAGUUCGUUCUCCGAGAAGGGACCUUCCUUCAUUCAUCCCUGCGCUCUCGAAACAAUCCAGUAUCUGCAUCUGCGCAAGGCGACUUCGUUCUCAAUAGCUUCGAGCUGCGGGAAUUCUAUCACGUGACUUUGAAAACUUAUCUUCGAACUCAAGUGCAACAAGAAAACGAGUUGUGUAAACAAACCAAGGCGUUCUCGCCCUGUCUAAUGUACACCGUAUUCGGAGGCAACUGCAAUCGUCCGCAAUGUCUCCAUGAACAUGUCCAUUCCGGCAAAAUCGAUUCUCGUCACUACAACACUCGUGUCCGCAUCCAUCUACUCCAAAUUCUGAUCUUGGACAAUGUACAGUAUAUCGACACCGACUUCCUCGAAAAGAGAAAAUACUGGAUAUCUCGACUAUAUUCUGUUUUAUACCCCCCGUACUACCGGUUGGGAUCUGCGGCAGCCCUUGACUUGGGCUCGAUUCCAGAAGCCGAGGCGGGGCUUCAAGUAGCCCGACAAUGGGUCCGCAGUCUCGUCUACGACUGCGAAUUCUUACCGAUGCCCAUGUUCUUAUCCAACCUUGCCCAAAUCACGAAACUCAGUUUCCAGUUUGAUCGCCGCGAUGCCAUGUCAUUCCUCAAGCAAGGGCCAUAUAUGUUGCUGCAACCUCCGAUAUAUAUGCGCUCGAGCGAAUCCUACAUCGUCGGAGAGUUCCUUCAGUCUCUCGAGGCCAAAACCCCUACGUGCAUCUGUGCGGGAGUCUUGUUUGUCCGUCACGUCGUGACGGAAAGGCUCGAUAUCAAUGCAAGCAUGAUGUGCGAUAUUGUCGAGCAUCUUUGCGCCUGCAUGCUCGUUGCUGUUCGGCAGGAAAAACAUCUUUCAUUCCAUGGAUUGACUAUGCCAUUGAGCUGGUUGACGAACUGGAGCAGCGUCGUCGGCGAAGGAGAAAGAUUCACGUCCCCUGUCUUCCAGCUAUUUUUGCAGGCACUUGAAAAACUUAUCGAAAGGCUAUACUCUGGAGUCGACGCAGGGCACCUCCUUUUCCAAGACUCCAAUUUACAUCAGCUACCGGGGAUGAUUCGUGACGUGUUCCUUGUCCGAGUUUGUCGGUGUAUCGCUCUCAUGGGUUACAACUCGUCAAUGCGCGACAUGAAUUUGCGUAACAGAAUCCAUCGUAUGAUCACGGCACCGCACCGUUCCAGCCCCCAUAAAGUUUCUCUGUCUUACCAAUUUGUGACUGCUCGACGCUGGUCUGAAAUUGUGCCUGCGCUGUGCAAAUCUACGCAAGGGUCAGCCAUGGAUGAGCUUGUUCAGCUUAUCCAUCCAGAAAGACCACCCAUUCGUGGGAGGUCCAAUGUGCGGCAAAUCGUUUACAGCUCACUCGAAGCCAUCCCUCACUUGUUGGGUUCUGCUUCACGUGCGAUCAUGGAGAAUCUGGCCUCGACCGACAUCGAGGCUGAACAGGACACCACAGAUAGUGUGCCAAUUAUAACCGAAGAGGAAGAUGUCGCAGACUUCGUUGAUAUUGGCGAAGCUGAAGCUGAGGCCCCGCCAGUCAUCGAGUCUGGACCAAUCGAAAUGCCCCCAGCCCUCGAGGCUGUUGAGCGGACGGACGAAGAAGUCAAUGCCGCUAUUACAAUCCAACGAAUCUGGCGGCACGUCUGUUGGCGUGUCGAAUGUCGAAAAGAACAGUCCGCCUCCUUUGCGGGCAUUGCUGAGCUUUACAUUUCUUGCCAGGCUGAAGAACACAAGUGGCCCCCAACGGUGGAUGCGAGUGCGAGAUUAUAUCGCCUUCGUUUCCUGGGGCCUCUGCCGCAUCUGCUGUUCUGCCUCGGUACGAUGCAGCAGGUGACGCAACAGCACAAGAUCCAAGCAAAGAAGGAUUUGCUUGAUGCCAAACAUGAAAAGCUGGACGCGGUUGACAAACAGCUGACAGAUCUCAGCAAAAUUUUGAAGCAGCUUAUUCAACUGCAGAAGACACUCGCGCCGUCCGCGUCAACGCAUCGCGCCCGAGAUUUGGGUGCACUGAAACGCCACGUUUCUCAAGCUGCAACUCUGCUCAGUAACUUGCCGUUCAAGAUGCCAGAUGAGCCGGCAGACCAGCUCAAGUGUGCGUAUCGCGGCAUAGUCCAACCCAAGACAUUUGUGCAAGCAGCGGCAAAGCCUAAGCCGACUUUAAACAUUGAGGAUCUCGACGGUUUUUGA